UAGCGGUGCUCUCUAUUCUACGAGUAUAAAAGAUAAACCGCUCCGGUCGAACGGCAUCAGUUUCUGUUUCCCUUUGGAUCGAAAACAACGUCAAACCUAUAGCGAUGGCACCGAAAACCAGUGGAAAGGCCGCGAAGAAAUCCGGCAAGGCCCAGAAGAACAUUGUCAAGGGCGACAAGAAGAAGAAGAAGCAGCGCAGGAAGGAGAGCUAUGCCAUCUACAUCUACAAGGUGUUGAAGCAAGUCCAUCCCGACACUGGCGUUUCUUCAAAGGCUAUGAGCAUCAUGAACAGCUUCGUCAACGACAUCUUUGAACGUAUUGCCGCCGAAGCCUCCCGUCUUGCUCACUACAACAAGCGCUCGACAAUCACUUCCCGCGAAAUUCAAACCGCCGUCCGUCUUCUGCUUCCAGGAGAAUUGGCUAAGCAUGCUGUUUCCGAAGGCACCAAGGCCGUCACCAAGUACACCAGCUCCAAGUAAAUGACGACCGACAUCGAAUAAUCGCAGCAAACCAAAAGGCCCUUUUCAGGGCCACUAUUUCAAUCAUAGAAAAGAGUUAAAUUCGGAAAAAAUGACCCUUCGCAGCGACUGUAAUACUCAAUAGCUAAACCGACUGUUUCGUAAUGGCGAACAUCAUACCACCCCAUCGUAGUUUGCUUACAUGAUUCAAUGUCAAAUUGAUCCCCCGACUACUUGUUACCAACCUUUGGUUGUUUCAAAAUAUCUACUUGGACCUCUAUGCUUUGCAAAAAGCCUGACUGAACUGACAAUACUUACCGAAUAGUGCAAUGACGCCCUAAACUCAACCUGUAUGAUUUGCUGCCUACUUUCAGGUAUCGCACAGAGAGAAAAUAAUAUCAUUAUGAGUGAAACGGUCUGCCUUCUCGUAUCAGACAGCAGCAAAGCAAUAUAUCGAUCUAGCCUAGUAGCAAAAGUAACAUAUUCAACAAAGUGAGUGAGCUAUUUAGUGAGCCCAUUACGUUAGAAUCUCAAAUCACGCCAAAGUACGUGAACUUAAUUUCAAUCUUUUAAAAUAUGAACCAUGGAGCUCAUGCUACGCUCAUGGACGGCGCCGUUUGUGCUAGUGGUGAAGGUAGGGCAUUAAAUUUUCCCUAUUGAGGUGUCCUUGUUCUCCGUACCGGAGCGGGUUCCACCAGGCCUAACGACAGACAUUAUAUAUCAGUACUCAGAUCUUCAAGGCUGACGAGCAAUCAAUCAGUUCUACAAAUAAUCAACAACUGCAGCAACUUUCGGCUGCAUCCCGAAAACGAUUCUUAAACCGGAAACGUAUAGGUGCCGUAUGUACACGUACAUUGUUUGGUGCUCACGCGUUUUUCGGUUUCACAUUUCGGGGAUCGAUUACCAAAGCUUCUUUUAAUUUCUUGCUUACAUGGAAUUAACAGUAAUGAAACCGACAGAAAGUUUAAUUAACCAAACUACAACAAACGCGGCACUGACCUAACGCGUUGAUUCUUAUUCAGGGCUAUGCAUGUCCUACAGACUCGCACUGGCAGCGAUGUUCUUGCGGGGUGUGCUGUCUGAUAUUACAGAUUGUAUUUUAUUGUAGCGAGUUUGCAGUUAUAAAUUUCAACAUAAACCAAAAUCUUAACUAAACAUUCACUAUCCUGUGCAGUGCGGUGGCAUCGAUGGCUAAGGCAACGCAUUUGUUGAAAUUGGACAAUCAACGGUGGGUAUAUCUCAAGCGGGUGAGAGUUGCUUUGUUUUUAAACGAUUAUGAGUUACAUGACUAUUUUGUUUACAGAUUAAAAUAAAAUUGAUUGAUUGACAUUUUUAUCGAGCCCAUGUUGUGGGUAUGGUUUAUGGAAAACCAUCAAAUUAACAUUGUUAAAAGUUUACUUAAACCAAACCCACGAACAUCGCCCGUCAGCACUGGGAAUGACUUUGUUUGAGACCUGUUAUGAGCCAUAAGGUAACGGAUUUU